CUGGGGGAAUCGUAUCCUCUUCCCCUUUGUGAUUGUCGUGGUUUUUUAAAUUCAUGGCCUGGACAUAGCUACAGCUCUGACCUCGAUCCCGAUCAACUUUCUUUUCGUUAUGAUCAUACCGCUCGUAUGAUAUCACGAUCAACGAGGUAUAUAUAUACUUCAUCCGGGCUCCGGCGGAAGGCUGCGGAGGGGAAGAGAGAGAAUCUGCAGACAGACAAGGGAGAGUGAAAGCGAAGGGAAGAUUUUGCCACUGCUUCUUCUUCCUCCUCCUCCUCCUCUCGUGUCUCCCCAUCUUCAUUCUCGCUUUCUCUCACUAGAUUUCUCGGCAGAGGUUACUUCGUUGUCCCAACUGUUAUUAACCACAGAGACUGGAGCCAGAGAAGAAAAGGAUUAUAUAUGGAGGGAGGCGCAGGAAGAGGUUUGGAAUGCCUGAAGACUAUGGAUGGGAGGGAGAAUAACGGGAAUGGUUCAGAGAAGGGGAUCCCUUCUUGUUGCUUAAAGGCUAGGGCCUCUGCCUCCGAGCUUGAUGCGAAAUGCCACUCCACUGUUGUUUCAGGGUGGUUCUCAGAGUACAAAACUUUUGCCGCAGAUGAAGCUCGCAAAGAGGUUUACUUCAACAACCCAAUGUGGCCAGGGGAAGCCCAUUCUUUGAAAGUAGAGAAGAUAUUGUAUGAGGGAAAGUCGGAAUAUCAGGAGGUCCUGGUUUUUCAGUCCUCGGCAUAUGGUAAGGUGCUGGUUCUCGAUGGCAUUGUACAACUGACUGAGAAAGAUGAAUGUGCCUACCAAGAGAUGAUUACACAUCUUCCCUUGUGUUCAAUACCAUCGCCGAAGAAGGUUCUAGUUGUUGGUGGAGGUGAUGGUGGGGUACUUAGAGAAGUUUCUCGACAUAGCUCUGUGGAGCUUAUUGAUAUCUGUGAGAUAGAUCAAUUGGUAAUUGAUGUGUCUAAGAAAUUUUUUCCAGAGUUAGCAGUUGGAUUUGAGGAUCCCCGGGUUCACCUGCAUGUUGGUGAUGCCGUGGAAUUCCUUCGGAGAGCUCCUGAGGGCAAGUAUGACGCAAUUAUUGUUGAUUCAUCAGACCCUGUGGGUCCUGCUCAGGAGCUGGUGGAGAAGCCAUUUUUUGAGACCAUAGCUAGGGCAUUACGACCAGGUGGUGUUCUCUGCAACAUGGCAGAAAGCAUGUGGCUCCACACGCAUCUUAUAGAAGCCAUGAUCUCUAUCUGUCGUGAAACAUUUAAAGGAUCAGUCCACUAUGCAUGGGCAAGUGUUCCUACAUAUCCAAGUGGAGUGAUUGGAUUUCUGUUAUGCUCGACAGAGGGCCCACCUGUUGAUUUUAUUCAUCCUGUCAACCCUAUUGAGAAGUUAGAAGGAGCCACGAAGCAUAAAAGAGAACUUCGAUUUUACAAUUCGGAGAUGCACUCAGCUGCAUUUGCACUGCCGACAUUUAUGAAGCGGGAGGUGCGCUCACUACAAGAGAUUCAGAAUCCAGUGCGAUGAAGCAGUAACUCUACUAUUUAGCAGCAUAGCAGCAUAGGAUUGCCCCAUAUGGGAAAAUAUGAUUAUUGCUGAAUAUUGAAGUAGAGUGAAUCAUGGAGCCCUAACUUCAAGACUCUAGUUGAAUGAUGACUUUUAUUAUACUGUCUAUUGACUAUUUCUAUGCAAAUGAUAUAGAUUAUCGUUUGUAUACUUAUGAUUGCACUUGCGAGUCUGAUCAUCCAUAGGAGUAGACUUCCGGAAAAGUAAACUCCAUUUUGGAGCUUCUCGGCUGUAAAAAUUCAAGCUAUUUGUGUGGAUAAGAUUCAGUUUUUAUGCGAGUUUUUUCUCAUCUGAUGGAGAUGAGGUCCGGUUUUUGCCA